CGGCGCGGGGACUGCUGGGAAAGCCGGCGGGAUGGAGGCUGCGGGGCCGGCUCCCGGCUGCGGGUCCCGGUAAAGCGCGGCGGGAGCCGAGCCAGACGGCAGCCGGGCCCGAGCAGGAGGCACAGGCGGCGCGACCAUGGCCACGAUGGUGAUUCCGCGGGAGCAGAAGCUGAGCCAGGACGAGAUCGUGCUGGGCACCAAGGCCGUCAUCCAGGGACUGGAGACCCUGCGCGGGGAGCACCGCGCGCUGCUGGCGCCGCUGGCCGCGCCCGAGGCCGGGGAGGCCGAGCCCGGCUCGCAGGAGCGCUGCGUCCUGCUGCGCCGCUCGCUGGAGGCCAUUGAGCUGGGGCUGGGGGAGGCACAGGUGAUCCUGGCGCUGUCGAGCCACCUGGGGGCCGUGGAGUCGGAGAAGCAGAAGCUGCGGGCGCAGGUGCGGCGCCUGGUGCAGGAGAACCAGUGGCUGCGCGAGGAGCUGGCCGGGACGCAGCAGAAGCUGCAGCGCAGCGAGCAGGCCGUGGCCCAGCUGGAGGAGGAGAAGCAGCACCUGCUCUUCAUGAGCCAGCUCCGCAAGCUGGACGAGGACGCCGCGCCCAGCGAGAAGGCGGAUGCCCCCAAAGACUCCCUGGACGACCUGUUCCCCAGCGAGGAGGAGCAGAGCCCCGCCCCCAGCCCUGGAGCAGGGGAUGUGGCCACCCAGCAUGGGGGCUAUGAAAUCCCGGCACGACUCCGCACCCUGCACAACCUGGUGAUCCAGUACGCAUCCCAGGGCCGCUAUGAGGUGGGCCGUGCGCUCUGCAAACAGGCGCUCGAGGACCUGGAGAAGACGUCGGGCCAUGACCACCCUGACGUGGCCACCAUGCUGAACAUCCUGGCGCUGGUCUACCGGGACCAGAACAAGUACAAGGAGGCCGCCCACUUGCUCAAUGACGCCCUGGCCAUCCGCGAGAAGACACUGGGCAAGGACCACCCCGCCGUGGCCGCGACGUUGAACAACCUGGCAGUUCUGUAUGGCAAGCGGGGCAAGUACAAGGAGGCCGAGCCGCUGUGCAAACGGGCGCUAGAGAUCCGCGAGAAGGUCCUGGGCAAGUUCCACCCCGACGUGGCGAAGCAGCUCAGCAACCUGGCCUUGCUGUGCCAGAACCAGGGCAAGGCCGAGGAGGUGGAGUACUACUACCGGCGGGCGCUGGAGAUCUACGCCACGCGCCUCGGGCCCGACGACCCCAACGUGGCCAAGACCAAGAACAACCUGGCGUCCUGCUACCUGAAGCAGGGCAAGUACCAGGACGCCGAGACCCUGUACAAGGAGAUCCUGACGCGGGCGCACGAGAAGGAGUUCGGCUCCGUCAACGGGGACAACAAGCCCAUCUGGAUGCAUCUGCAGCAGAGGAGCGAGAGGAGAGAUAAGUGCCGGGACAGCGCCCCCUAUGGGGAGUACGGCAGCUGGUACAAGGCCUGUAAAGUGGACAGCCCCACAGUCAACACCACCCUGCGCAGCUUGGGAGCCCUGUACCGGCGCCAGGGCAAGCUGGAGGCCGCACACACGCUGGAGGACUGUGCCGGCCGCAGCCACAAGCAGGGCCUGGACCCCGCAAGCCAGACCAAGGUGGUGGAGCUGCUGAAAGACGGCAGUAGUGGGCGGGGAGACCGGCGCGGCCGGGAUGUGGCUGGGGGGGCCGGACCUCGCGCCGAGUCGGACCUCGAGGAGGCAGGGCCUCCUGGUGCUGUGCCACAGGACGGCAGCGGCUCCCUGCGGCGCAGCGGCUCCUUUGGGAAGCUCCGGGAAGCCCUGAGGCGCAGCAGCGAGAUGCUGGUGAAGAAGCUGCAGGGGGGUGGCCCCCAGGAACCGCCCAACCCCAGGAUGAAGCGAGCCAGUUCCCUCAACUUCCUCAACAAGAGCGUGGAGGAGCCAGCCCAGCCUGGAGGCACGGGCCUCUCUGACAGCCGCAGCCUCAGCUCCAGCUCCAUGGACCUCUCCCGACGGAGCUCCCUCGUGGGCUAAGCCUGAAGGGGCAGCACCCGGCACAGAGCCCCAGCCCUCGCAUGGGCCCGCUGCUUGUCCCGCCUGCCCAGCCAAGGAGCCCUGUCUUUUCUGUUCGAUCUCAGGGUAACCUCCCCCCGCCAUCGCAGCCUGAGCCCUGGAGGCCGGGCCUGGCGCCCAGCUCUGCCCCGUAUUUAUUCCCUCCAGCAGAGCCCCUUCCCAGGCCCGUGGGAGGGGCUGGCUGCCCACCCCGCCCAGACCCGGAGCCCAGAACACUAAGCCCCGCCGUCCCCCCGGCCGUUGCUUCUGUAUAUAGAGAAAUAAGUUAUUGGCCGCGCCCCUGCCCUCCGUCCGGUACUGUCCGGUACUCCGGGCCUCCCUCACCCCGCCCCUCUAGUGGUACCGCCCAGGCCUUAAUCACCCCCAUCGCGCGCGGAGGUGUCUCCCGCGAGGGCGCCGCCCCGCAGGGCUCCCUGACCGCUCCCGCCCCUCCCGGCCUCCAGGGGACGCCCCCCGGCUCGCCAUCGCCCGGGCCCCGCCGCACCCGGCCUUAUGCACUGCCCGGCCGGGGCGCCGCCUCCGCGCCUGCAGCUUCCCGCCAGGGCCCAGGGGCUCCCCAGCCGGGGUGGGGGCGAGGCGGUCGCGCUAUUUUCAGAUGUAACUGGAGAAAUAAAGACGUUUGGA